CCCACGUAUCAUGCUCACCCCUCCUCUUCUUCUUCCUCCUCUCUCUCCCCAAUCCCCAUCUCUCCUCUCUUCGUCUCUCUCCUCUGCUCUCUCCAGGCGACGGAGAGGUAGCGGCACGUGGCGGCCAGCGGCCGGCGGGAGAGGAGGAAGCGGUGCGCAGCGGCGGAGGCAGGGCUCUGGCGGUUGUGGGCGGAAGAGGAAUCGGCGACGGGAGGUGGCUCUGGCUGCGGCGGUCGCGGUCGCUGCACGUGCUCGACCCCUUCGCGGCCGCUGCCGCGGCCGCCGCUGCCGAGGCUCUGUCCGGGGAGGCCGCCAUCGCCGCGGUCGGAGCGGCGGCGGAGGAGGCAACCCCGACGCUGAUCGACGACUCCCCUCAGCAAGCUCAACAACCACCUUGAUAAGAUGCUGAAAGACAUGGAGGAAUCAUGGCUGGGGCCAUGGUAAUGCCUUCUCUUGGGGUACGAAUGUACGAUUUAACUGACCAACACAUUGAGGCAGCUCUGACAAACCUGAUUGCUGGUCUGGAAUCAGAAUACAAAUUUGAAGUAAAUCCAGUGCUCAUCAAGGUCAUCCUUGGUGUUGCUAUGUCAGUGGAUGAAGUGCAGGACUGUGUUUCUCAACUUAUAUCGUGUAAAGGCUAUUUUGGCCGAGGAGGGUGUUGUGGGAAAGACAGACUUAGAGCCUUCUCUUCUUGCUGUAUUGAGUCUGAAGCUCUGGAGACAGUCGAAUGCUUAAUAAAAAGUACAAUGAAUGAGCUGAGUGAACCAGUUGAUAGAGAUCCAGUCAUUUUUGUUCUCGAGGAACCUGCUGCGGCCACGGCCACGACCACGAUGACACUUCCGCUCCCGAGAUACCGCCACGUAGCGAGCCCUCCGCCUCCAGUCCACGCCGGGGUCGCGGGCUUGGGCGACGAGCAGCAAUUGGAGCAGCUGGCGAGGGUGCUCUCCUCGCUGGGUACAAACGAGAUGGCCUUCGCGGCGCCGCUCCUCGCCAACUCAGCGUUGCUCGCGGUGUGGACAGGGUCGAUCACCGUCUUCGCGGCUCCCGACGUCUUCCUCCGCUCCUCUUGCACCAUGUGCUCGCGCUGCCAUGUCCUACUGGAGCACAUCGCCCUGGGAGAGAGGAGGAAGAAUAGGAAGGGUGAGUUCUACUGACAUGUGGGGCUCACGUGGGUCCCCCAUUUUUAUUAUUUAUGUGUGAGACUGACACAUGGGUCCCAUGGGUUUUAUUAUUUUUU